AGAAAGAAGUGCUCUGAUUUGGAAAAUGAGAAUUCAACAAUAAGAUGUGUAAAUUCAUGUGUUUCUAAUUUGGGGAGCCUAGUCCCGAGGAAUGGAAAAGAAAGUUCCAUAUUGAGAUGUCAGGGAUUCAGUUACUCUGAAUAGAUAGAGUCUGAAGCGCGGUGUUUGCAGAAUGAAAUUACUCAAACUGGUGAAAAGCAAAGUGAUAAAAACAACAUAAGCAAACCUACCACCAGCUCUGAUAAAAUUCUUGGGGGUGCAUCUGCCACAUUUGGGACCAAAAUGAAAAAUGUCGAAAGAACUGGAGAAGUGAAAUCAUUGGCAAAAACUACGGCCUCGAAACGGAGGAAGAUGGUAAAUGAAGGUGACCAGUUCGUUGAUGAAACAAGUAAUGAACCAGAUACCAGCGAUAGCUGUGACUCUGAUAAAAUUGUUGGGGUUGCAUCUGCCACAUUUGAGACCAAAAUGAAAAAUGUCGAAAGAACUGGAGAAGUGAAAUCAUUGACAAAAACUACGGCCUCGAAACGGAGGAAGAUGGUAAAUGAAGGUGACCAGUUAGUUGAUGAAACAAGUAAUGAACCAGAUACCAGCGAUAGCUGUGACUCUGAUACAAUUGUUGGGGGUGCAUCUGCUACAUUCGGGACCAAAAGGAAAUAUGUCGUAAGAACUGGAGAACUGAAAUCAUUGACAAAAACUACGGCCUCAAAACGGAGGAAGAUGGUAAAGGAUGGUGACCAGUUCGUUGAUGAAACAAGUAACGAAUCAGCUACCAGCGAUAACUGUGACUCUGAUGGAAGUGUAGAAGUUGGUUCUUCCAAAAUUGGGACAAAGAGGAAAAAUUUCGAAAGGAAAAAAGGGUCUGGAGAUUGGGCCUGUUUGGAAGAGAGACCAUCUCAACAUGGAUCACCAUCUCACGCUCAUCCGGGUAUGAGUAAGAAGACUUUUGUGAACUUGGUCUCAGAUUCAGAUGAUGCUGGUGAUAGUCUUAACGAAUCUGAAGAUUCUGAUUGUUUUAUUGAUUCAAAAAAUUCUCUUGGUGACCUUAUGGAUAUGUCAGCACUGAAAAAUUUGAAUAUGAACAACGACGAAAUGAAAUGGAAAUCUCAGGCUGAUAUGCUUUCUUCAUUUGAAGAGGAUACUGAGAUCUGUAUGAAAGCUGUCUGCGCUCUCUAUCGGCAGGUAAUAUCCGAAAACGAAAUAUCACCCAAGGGGUUGGUCUUUGACGAAGACACACACAGGUAUAUUAAGAAUUCUGCACACUUUUCCACCAUUUCCAAUUCGAUUAUACUUAAAACUGCAUGAAAUUACUGUUUUUUCAGUUGCAAUACAUUGGCUUGUUCAAUGUUGCAAGAAUCUGUUACCCUGUUGGUUGACAUUCAUAUGCUGUCUAUGCUGUAUUAUAUUCUGCAGCGAAAUUCAUAAGUUAUUUUAUCAACAUCUCAAAGAGAAAACAUAACCAGAAGACAAUAUGCCAGUAUAUUACUUUUUGCUGACUCAAUUUAAACCAAUUACGCAUCUAUAAUACUUGGCAGUACCAAAGAUUCAAAAUUAAAACUGUCCGCCUUACUAAAUAAUGGUUUGAGCAUUACAAUAACUUACCAACAAUCAGAAGAAAAAUAACUUUCAUUACCUGAUGGUUUGAGCAUUACAAUAGUAAGUGACAAAAAUUGAUAUUCCUAAUCACAGAUUUUGAUAAUUUUUCGUUGUUUCACCUUCUCAUCUUAUUCUGGAGUUUCAAGGGGUCUUAUGUUCCCCUCCUUUGUUUGUUUUCUUUUCUCUUUGAUGAAUAAAUCUAUAGGAAUCUGGUGCACGUCUUAAAAUCAAUGUUUGAAUGGAGUUUCCAAAGAACAACAAUCUUAUGAAGCAGCUACAAUUCUAGACCUACAAGUUAAAUUGAUAAUUGGAAAAUCAAUGUGUAAACCCUAUGAAUAUGUGCUUUUGUAUGAAUGAUGCGAUUCCUCUGUCAUAUAGCUUCCCCUUGGAAAAGUAUGCUUUCACUUUGGCGGUACUUAAAGAGUAUUAUUACUUGCAUGUCACAACACCUAGAGACUUAGUUAUCUUUAUUCUUAGGAGUCAAAAUGUGUCUGCGGGGAAUGAUAGUGCAGGUAUAGUUACAUGAUCUUGUAAAUAGUGUGAAUUGGUGUCGACACUACCUCACUCGUGAAUAUGAAAUUUUGGUACUGACUUAUCCAUGAUUGUCAACAGAAUUGGGUGGAACAGAAAGUUUAGUGGCCGACUUAUCCAUGAUUGACAGAUAAAAGAUUUGCUGCCUUCCCAAGAUUUCAUAUCUGUAGUUGUCACGUGAACUGUGGGAGCAAGCUAUUUUCUUGCUCGUGGCUGCACGGGCACAAGGCAGGAAAGCCAGGCAGCAGAAUCAAUAGCAGUAUCUGUUCUUGGUUUUUUGUUUUCAUACACUUUUGUCAUAGAUUGAUAUUUUGCCUUAACAGGUGUAUUACUUUGGCCAAGUUUCUAAUGGAUGGGGACUGCAAAGGUGAUCUUAAGAAGUCUGUGAAAGACUUGGAGACAUUAGAUUCCAAAGCGGUUGGUGACUGCAAGAAGCUGGCUAUAGAAUACUCGAUAUAUUUGUUUGAUAUCUACGAAAAUGAAAAGGAUCCGUUUUUCCUUCCAGCGACAACUGCCAACAACGGAGAUCAAACUUCAAAAAGGUAGAUUAUUGUUCAGGUGGCCUUAAUUUUUUGCUCUAAACAUUGGAAUUCCGCAUCUCCUUUUAACCUCCUCUAAUUGUGUACGCAUAUGAAAAGGAAACUGGUUAAGAUAACAAAUAGGACAUUGGAUGUGGAUUGACUCUGCAAUGUAGUAAGUCAUAUUAUGGUAGCUAGACUUUAGAUUAUUUUGAUAGGUGUACAUGGAGAAAAAACAACCCCUGUUUCGCUCCUGGAACUUAUAAUGUUAUGCGUAAAAUCUAAUUAUAUUUAAGCUAGAUUACAUCUCUAGCUUAACAGAAA